AUGUCUGCACUGGAGAAGAAAGUUGACAUUGCAAAGAAAUGGGAGAUCAUCAAGUCCUGCUUCUGGAAAGCUCAAGGACAGAAGGCGGCACAAGGACGCAUCAAGCUCGAGAGGGGCUUUGCUGCCAUUCCCCUUCCCAGUAUCGAUGUACCCUUCUAUUCCCGGUAUCUGUGGGCUGGAGUCAUGCAAUUCCAUCUCUCGAAGAAGGCAAACGUUUUAUUGAUCAAUUGGCAUAUACUUACGUCUUCUCCGCACCUAGACAAGAUCUUCAAAAAGGACAACUGGUCCGAUGAUGAGCAUCGCCAGCGUACCGCAUACACGGUUCUCGUUGAACUACUAGCAUACCACUUUGCAUCCCCCUGUAAGUGGCCAAGCCCUAUGCUUACCGAUAUGGCCGUUCGUACGCUCAAACCGAAAUACGAAACGCAGGACGAGUCGAUUAGUCACGUCCGUGCCAUUCUUUGCCACUUAAAGAACACGAAGGAGAUCUGCUGUGAGUUCGAAGACGAAGUUGCAGACGCACCUGCAGGGCCAUCCGAAUCAGCGGCACCCGCGAUCACCGCAGCUCCUGCUGCCAUUCCGGCAUCAUCUGCUGUGCCUGCGGCUAAAGUUGACGAGGAGCAUCGAUUGUCCAAGUCAAUAAAGGACCUUGUCGGUGGACCUCCAGCACUAUCCAAGGGCACUCUGACGCUGCCAAUCGAGCAACUACUGGAGGAUGUUCGAAUGGCUGAGCAGGCAACGCCAGCACUGUCAGGCGGGUUGCCCGUUGCAGAGACGAAUGGGAUUGUGACUCCCCCUCCUGUGAAAAGGGCUCUUGCUGCUCGCCGACCUUCCACUUCUCCUCCUACAAUUCGCAGGUCUGAUACCAGUGAGUCAGCUAGACCAAAGUGUGAAAUACACCCUCCUCCUCCGAAGUAUUUGCCCUAUGCUGAGUCACCGAAAAGUAUGCAGUCGGUGAGGAAAGCAAAGGCGGAUGACGGGACAGAGGAACAGUUAAGAUAUUGUGAUCCUGUAAAACUCGGGAUUCCCAAUUACCCCAAAAUCGUGAAAAAGCCUAUGGUUCUCUGUACGAUGAGGAAGAAGCUCGAUAACGGGGAAUAUCCGAACGUUCAAUCGGCUGGCACAGCCGUACUUGAUGCCAGGGUUGAAAUCCAGCGUGUCCUUGAAGAGAAAUGGUUCCAGCUCCCGCCCCUGAAGGCACCAAGCGAAGACGAGGGCGAGGACGAAGACAGCGAUGACGAUCUCAUUCGUGCUAUUGCUGACAUGGCGGCCCAGAUUGAGACAAUGAAAGGGAAUUUGGCAGCACUAAAUAAUCAAACGAAGGAGAAAGUAAAGGAAGAAAAGCGGCCUCCGAAGCACACUUCACCAUCCGUUGCGUCGGCUUCCAAGCCAAGCAAUAGGCCAGCCAAACUGGCGCCCAAGAAGAAGAGUUCAAGGAAGGCCCAAAUCUCUGACAUGACGCGAAAAGUUGGGACGAGUGAUCAGCAUCAUCCACGGAGGUGUUCCAGAAACUCGCGAUGUAUGUACAUUGACUCCCCAUACUCUGAUGAAUGCUCAUCGGUUUUACGGAGUUCUGAAGAGAUCGAGAUCAACACUGACCAACUUUCUGCACCAGCACUGCUUAAGCUGUACAAUUUUCGGAAGAGUAUGGAUGAAGACGUCGAGGUCGAGAAGCUUCGCCAGCUAGAGGAGAGGAUGAAGAUGUUUGACAAAAAUGCAGUUGUCAGCUCUGGUGUAAAACACGAGGACGACAUUGAGUCCAUCUGGGCAGACCUAAAUGGAGGCAUAGACCGCUUACCUGACCUUGCGGAAAUCACAACGUAUAUCCGUUUAACACUUAAUAAGCAAGCUGAGCUGAGGCGAGCCAUUAUUCCCGACAACUCGGCCGAUUUUACGAUCGUAAAGGACGGUGGAGCAGGACGUGUACUCCAAACGGUUACUGUUACGCCUCGGGCUAACUUCGAAUUCGAAUCGAGUCGUCAGAUGCCCUUAGAGGUCGUCGUCACUGAUCACGGUGAGGUUGGCCCUUGGGGAAGCUCCCAUGGCUUGGAUGAUGGGAUAGAUCAAGCACUUCGAUGCAAGAGUAGGGAGCCUGUUGACGACAAGGAUGACUGUGACAAGUACGAGAAGGACAUCCUCGCUCGUGCUGCCGUCCAGUUCAUUGAACCUGAAUUGCUCGAUGGAUAUGAUCCAAAGAAAAAGACUUCCAAUCAAGAAAUCGAGCUUAUCCAUGACUUAGAACUGCUGGAGUUUUUGGCAGAAGAGGCCAAGCUCCUUAAGCAUGAGCAUAGCGAGAAAUGUGUCGUCUGGCUCGCUGAGGGCAACCAGCGCCGCACCGUUGAUGGUCAAACCCCGGCUGGAUGGCAUACUGGAUGCUAUUGUAUCCCUCAAGACAUCAUUGACCAUGUCGAUCGCUGCACACUUUGGGCAAUGUUUCCACUGCAGAUGCACUCAAUUAUGUCUCGUUACGCGGCUCCCGGCGUACUUGUCGUGCCCGUCCGUAGCUCACAGUUAACACUUUGCGCUCUCAUUCCGCCAAGCAUGCACGCUCAAGAUUUCGUAUUCUUCCCGCAAUGGUCGGCAUUUGUUGGCAUACAUGUCGGUCGGUAUGAUGUCAGCCCACGCAUUGCAAUGCAAAUCUAUCAUCCAAUACUUAAUGAUGCCAUAACAGGACACGCCAAGGCUUGGUACAGUGAGGAAGCAACCGAAAAACGGCUGAAAGCUGCUUUGACGGCGAAACGGAAACCGAUCAUGAAAGUCAAGCCAGAACCAAACGGUCCCGCAGAGUCUGAGAAAAUGGAGUUGGACACGGUGGAACAAAAACCAGGAGAGCGUGGUGAAAAUAAGGAGGUACUGACCGCGGAAGUGAAGGCUAAAGAAAAUCCUGCUCCCAAACUACAAGCACUAUUCCACGACUGCAAACAAACUGCUCCCGGUAAUACUUUCGACAUCACCGGGCCCAGCUUUUACCUCUCCUUUUGGCAAAUGUCUAGCUACUAUCUUUAUUACCCUAAGGAAAAAUAUUCUGAAGUGGAAAAAACAUCCGCCAGAGCAUAUAGUGGUAGCCUCCGGGUUCAAUACGAUCGAUAUUUAGCAACAAUUUCAAAGCUUCGACAAGAAAAGGCUGCACAAGAGUCUGUUUACAGCUACACAGCGGAGAAAGGUGGCCGAUUGGAUCGCGAGAGGGACCAUUGGUUCUCACAUGUCGGUACUGGUGCUGGCUUGAAGGAGUCACCCCGAUCAUCUCCACAAUAUCAUGACCGAGACCCGGGCUCACCAAACCAUCGGCCCAUGCCCAGGAAUUGCGGAACUUACGUCACAGUGAAAAGUUGCCACAGAGACCACGCGAACAUCGAGUUAAUGCAGUCGAUUCUCCGGCACGUCGUUCUUUAUCACCUGCAUCACGGCCAGGCACAAGGAACGUUAGUGUGGAUAGUAGAGCAAGCGGCGACGCUAAGCGAGAUCGUGCUAAGCAUGAUAUUGGGGCGGGCAAGGUUAGCAGACGGCCUUCAAGAGCAGAACGUAGCAGUGCCACCCAUUGUGAUGACCAUGACAUCACUCUGGUCGAGACCGAUUCUGCGUGAUGCUGACCAAGAAAGUGUGACUGGAUGCGGGAACGUGAUCGCGAACAGGCGCGUCUACGCGUGA